AUGGCGCUAACCUUUCUCGCAAUUUUAAGGUUUCCCAAAGAGAAGCAGUUGAGGAGACAGUGGGAAGUGGCUGUGAAAAGGGAAGACUUUUCUGCCAAUGAGAGGUCAAUGCUCUGUAGCCAGCACUUUCAGCCAGAGGAUUUUGACCGGACAGGCCAAAAUAAAGUGGCAGCCAGGACUACACAAGCCUCAAGGAAGGCUGAAGCGAACCUUGUAAUUGACUGUUCUUUACAAUCAUUACAAGUCACUGAACCUUCACCUACCUACCUUGAACACACUUAUGCAUUGCCUCCAUCUCCCACUCUUCUCAAGACUAGACUCAAUGAAGCCCUGGCUAGGGUGGAGAGUCUUGAGAAAGAGAUGAGGAACUCAAAGGCCCGAGAGUGGAGGGCGAAGAAAACAGUGUGUUGUCUUCUGGAGGACCUCAGGGGGAAGAACCUCAUAAAUGAAGAGCUGCAAGAGAGGCUUGACUUAUACUCAGAUCUUCCAUUAGGCCUCCUGUCCAAACAGGGCCACGAGUACACUAAAGAGCAGAGGGAGUUUGCCCUCACUCUCCACCUGCACGGGCCCAAAGCCUACUCUUACCUGAGAGAGUCUCUCCACCUCCACCUACCACAUCCAUUGCAAAGUUGGUAUAGCAUCUGA